AUGUCCAUUCCUGAUGUUCUUCCUUUGAGUCCACCCUCUACGUCUUCACGCCGCAAAGUCUUUUUUCCAAACGCAUCAGCCGACCGUACGAGUACUCCAGACUCGCCUGCAUCGUUUCCAGGCUCAUCGAACGCCGCAACUCGAAAACGCGUGGGGUUCUCUAUUGAUACACACGCCCAACCGCCUUCCUCCGCAAGCCAACCGCCCUCCGGUGCUACGAAACGAUUACCUCCUUCUACAGCCCCUCAAUCAACCCUGAAGUCCAUCCUCAAACCCUGCGUCGCCGACGGACACACUGCCCAAGCUGUGGACGGGUCACAAGAUGCCAAACGCACAAUGGGCGAAAUGAUGGAGAGCAUCGUGCAACAACUGGCGCUUGAUGACAGAUCGGUCUCGAUAGACGCAUACCAGACCCUUUCUUCGGUCAUCCGGGAGUAUGAUGAUAUACCCGAGGAGGAUGUGCUGAAAGCCAGGAUCAGCACAAUUACGAAAUACAUCAGACGCGACCUGCAGAAACAACCAAAUCCCGAUGAGCCGCCCAUUGCGGAUACGAACCUGGUGACUCAAGCCUUGAAGGUGCUUGUCAUUUUGGUCUGGAAUCGCGACUUUUCCUCUUUGUUAACGGACGAGUAUCGUAUUUUCGUCCUCGAUCGAUCGAUCCAGGUCAUCGCCGAACAGACUGCGCCCAAGGGUGUCAUCAUUCACUACCUCCACCUUCUAGCAACCCAGAAUUUCCGUCCAAUCCUUGUCAAUAGCCACCGUGUUACGCGCCUGCUGGAGGCGCUUAAGGCUCUAACCGAGCACGUGAAAGGCAAUGGCGUGAUCUCGGAAAGGCUACUGGUUUACCAGAAGCUCCUCGAUCAGGCCAGGCCUACGAUGAAAGCCAGGGCCAAUCUAUGGGUCGAGGAGUUGUUGACGGGCAUGACCAAUGCGCUCAAAGACGUGAGGACGAAGGCGAUCGCUAUGGGGCUGAAAGCAUGCUCGGUUUUUACGGGAUCUUCUUCCAUUUCAACCACGAUCAAGUCUAUUCUCGGCGAAGAGCUUGCACCCGGAAAGACGCUCAGCUCUGCUAUGUGUCGCAAGCUGGAGAAGAUGAUCACGGUCAAAGCAGAAGGGAUCCAGGUUCCACAAAUAUGGACUAUCAUCCUCAUGCUCAGCAACGGCGUUGAGGACCGCGAUCCCAGCGGCCCUUGGCCCCGUUUUGACAAAUGGCCACAGUUUAUGGAUUGGUUGAAAGUGAUCCAGACGUGCUUCAACUGCAGCGAACCUACCAUCAAACAACAGGCCUACAUGGCCUGGGAUCGGUUCAUUCACAUCAUCCAACCCCACCAAACAUCCGACACUCUGUUGGCAUUACUGGCAAAGCCCCUUACCGCUCAAAUGGAGCGUCAGUCUGCCGAACAGUCAACCAAGGGCACCCGCCCAACCGCUGUUUCCAGCUAUUGCACCUUACUCUAUUACGCCUUUAGACCAGCGGCCACGCACAAGCAAUACACACGAGUCUGGAAUGAAUACAUUGUCAAGGUAAUGAAGAGCUCUUUUUUUGAGAAAAGCAGUGCCAAUGCCGACAUCGCAAGUCGCAUUUUCAUGGCCCUGUUCUGGAACUCCAGAAAGAGCCCGAAGCUCUGGAACGAGAAGCGAGCCCUCGAAAACACACGAGUUGAGCCAGAGGAACUCCCCACGAUUGACUGCAAAUGGAUUCGGGCAAAGUCCAAAGCGAUUCUCGACAUGUUUGAAGUAUUGAUGCGAUACAGCUCCUGGGGCGCCUCGGGUCAAUCUGACAGAGCUUUUAUUGCCAUUGCCUGGUCACACUUUUUGAAAGCCUUGCGAGAGGCCAGCAGCAAAGAAAUCAAACCUUCACCUGAAACGGUCGAUGCCAUGACAAAUGUGAUCAGCUGCUUGGCAUCUCUUUUUGAGGCCUGUUCAGAACAUGGGCCUGCAGACCGAGUAGACGGCAUCCAUGGAGUCAGUGUUGCUCAGGUGCGACAUUUGACGCUUGCCGCUGUCACCGAACUUGGGAAUGAUCUGAUCAAGACUGGAAUCGAGACCAAUUGCGAAAUCAAGAAGAUGCUUGUCAUCCAUGAUACACUGGACUCUGUUAUGCGAGAACUGACGAGGAAUGAAGAGGACUGCCACAGUCGCGUCCAAUCCGAGGAGUUGAGAAGCGAAAUCCGAUCAUUGUUGUGUCACUGCGAGGAACUUCUUGACAUCCUCAACGCCCGGCUCCUUCGAGAUUUCAAGUCAGAACAAUUUGACGAUCAAAAGUCGUUGGUAAUGUCCGGGAUUAGGGAGCUGGAUCAGAAUUUUGAGACUAUGUCUCAAGAAUACGGCGUCCGCCUAAUGAGAUUGCUUCAGCCGACACUUUCCGUGUUGCUCAAAUAUGAGGAGCGUGAGAGCGAGGCUGCUCCAGACGGGUGCUAUUCGGAGAUCGUCACCUGCAUUGUGAACAUCCUUUUCCGAUAUCCCACUGGAAUCAUCGAAGAAUUUGAUGCCGUGUUUGCUGCUCCAUUCGAAAGUCCCAACACUUUUGUGCAGGAUGAGGCCGUCACAGCGUGGAAUAUGCGCUUCAGCCAACUAGAUUCAGUCACUUUUGGCCCACGACUCUCCGAAGCCUUGCUCAGGUUACGAAAUGCCGGCAUUGACGUCCAUAUCCCUGGUGAUCUCCUACCAUCUAAAGAAUUGAUCACACACGACACCACAUUGCCGUCUGCAGCCGAGGAUGCGAAUACUCCUACCUCCCGGCAAACAUCAUCAAGUCCCAGCAAGCACUUACGCGGAGCUUCGCCCUCCCCAGAACUAGGAACCCAGCACUCCGGGGAUGGUGCAGCCAGACGACACGAGCCGGUUUUCCCGAGUCCCAAAAGACGAAGUUUACGAACCAGGCCGAGAUAUGAUGACUCUCAGAUUCAGGAUAUACAGAUUGAUUCGUCCCCUGGAAGUGAACCUGAUUCAGACUCGCAGUGCCUGACAGAACACCAAAAAGAAGUUCGGGAUAAACAACGAUCUGAACCUGCCGUUGUGUUUCCCGAUCUUCGAUCUAGUCCCCGACCACAUAGCAGAACCCACAGUGUCAGCAACUGUGGGAUUGCACGUAAAGCAGCUGCUCUGCCACAGCAGCCGUCAACGCCCACUCUGCCGGCAGGUCAUGAUCAACAAGAGCCUGAAAUGCCAGCAUCUCCAACCCCUCGAGCACGGCACGUUGCGGAUCGGAUAGCGGAGAUCGAUGUACCUUCGUCACCACCGUCUAUUCCAGGUCAUCGUGAUAGAGGGGAGAUUACAUCUUCUCCACCACAAGCGGUUGCCGAGGAUAGACAAGAUCGAAUUGUGCUUGCCAUUGUGCCGCCGCAGGCCGCGUGCAAGCAGAUUGCAGUCCAGGCAAAUGACCUUUCACCAACCGAAGAAUUGAACGGACCAUUUCCCGCGGAGGUUGAACGGGAGCCCAUGAACGCACAGAGGGGUGUCCACAUGCCAGACCAAAGAAGUGAGGAUCCAAGGCAUCUUUCGACAACCACAAAUGUGCCGGUGACGACUGCAGGCACAAGAAGUGACAGCGACGAGAUCGACAUAUUGAGUGCCUCACAAUUAUCCCAUGACCUUGACCAACACCUUAGUCAGGUGGUCGGGGAUGGGGGGUCGCAUACUCUUGGGGAGGAGCAGGAACACAACAGCCAGCCCAAUCCUCAUGUGCGACGAGGCCGCAAGCGCAAGUCUAGCAGCCUCAAAUUCACCUCGAGAAAGCGGAAAAGGUCAGAACCUUCCACAGAGACAUCCUCUCAAUCAAACGCCACGAACAGCUCCUCGUACGCUGAGCCACUAGAAAUGCUGGACUGUAUCCCGAUUGCUCCGCCGAGGGCGGUUGAAGCGAUGGCCGCCGAGGAACUGGCGCAUACAACUCGAUCGACGGCCAGUGAGGCGACGAGUGCUCCUAAACGUCGGAGAGGCCGACAACGGCGGAGAACAGAGAUUGUCAGUUCAGCUUCUCACUCGCCGGUUGAUCGCCAUGGCACGAUCGAGGUUAUCGUGCCCGGAGCUUUGCGCCCCGAGGAAGUGAACUCACGAGAAAGUGUGGCAUUGACUUCGGCGUUGAGCAGCGAAGAUGCAGUAGUGGGGGAUGAUCAGCCAAACUCAGGUGCCGAUGAGGCAGUAGACUCUGAUGAGGGCGCCAAAACAGGAGGCGCUCGCCCCAGCAUCAAUUCUAUGUUGCAAGAUGUCCUGGACCGGCUCAAAUCAGCUGAGCCUGGAGAUGUGGACUUACGGGCUUUGGAUGACCUCUGCUUCCAAAUUCGUUUCCAGGCUCAAGUGAUGGCUCAAGGGGCAGGAUGCUAG